GGAAAAACGAGCUUCCUUUGACAACUGCCCCUGUACCGAUCAUCUCAGAAGGUGAGUUCCAAUUGCUUACAGCAGCAAUCUUUCAGCUGCGUUCUAUGUGAUGGAUGACAGCGCAACGAAACCUCCUUCCUUCUCCUCUCCGCCAAUAGUCUAUAUUUAUCUUCCUCCUGCUCCUCCACUAUAACCACCUGCCCUGCAACUGUACUCACCAAACAUGGAUUCCGUCAAGGACAUGCAGCACCUGACCCGGGAGGAAGACGAGAAGGCAUGCACAUACGCCGUGCAGCUGGUGGUAGGCGCCGUGCUGCCCAUGACCCUCAAGGCCGCCAUCGAGCUGGACCUGCUGGAGAUCGUCGCCAGGGCCGGCCCCGGCGCGAAGCUCAGGCCCGACGACAUCGUGGCCCAGCUGCCCACCGAGAACCCCCAUGCGGCGGAGAUGGUGGACCGGAUCCUCCGCCUGCUCGCCGCCUACAGCAUCGUCAGCUGCUCGGUGGAGACCGGCGAGGAUGGCCGCCCCUCGCGCAGGUACGGCGCGGCGCCCGUUUGCAGGUACUUGACAAAGAACGAGGACGGCGUGUCCUUGGCCGCUGCCAGCCUGAUGAACCAAGACAAGGUCCUUAUGGAAAGCUGGUACCACUUGAAGGACGCCGUGCUGGACGGCGGCAUCCCCUUCAACAAGGCCUACGGGGUGACGACGUUCGAGUACCACGGCAGCGACGCCCGGUUCAACCAGGUGUUCAACGAGUGCAUGAGGAACCACUCCACCAUCUUCACCAAGAAGGUGCUCGACGUCUACCGUGGCUUCGACGACGUCAAGGUGCUAGUCGACGUCGGCGGCGGCACUGGCGCCACCCUCCGCAUGAUCACCUCCAGACACCCCCACAUCAAGGGCGUCAACUUCGACCUUCCCCAUGUCAUUUCCGAGGCCACGCCCUGCCCAGGUGUAGAGCACAUCAGCGGAGACAUGUUUGAAAGCGUCCCGAGUGAAGGAGACGCCAUUUUUAUGAAGUGGAUUCUUCAUGACUGGAGCGACGAGCACUGUGUGAAGAUACUGAGGAAUUGUUGGAAGGCUCUGCCGGAGAACAGAAAGGUGAUAGUGGUAGAAUGUGUUCUACCGAUAGCUCCGCAGCCAACGCCGGAAACCCAAUCUGCAUGUCAAGGAGAUCUCAUGAUGUUGGCCUACAACCCUGGGGGCAAAGAGAGGAACCAACAAGAGUACCAGGCCUUGGCAAACGAGGCUGGCUUCUCAGGAUUCAAACUCAUUCAUGUGUACUCCAUUACUUGGAUCAUGGAAUUCACCAAGUAGAUCCAUCGGAGGCCAUUAAUUGGGUUGCUUAAUGUUCUAUGAUCAGAGCUUAUAGUGUAUCCGUAAUAAGCUUUCGAUAGAGCAUACAAAUCACAUCCUAUUAUUGUACUGAGAAAUCGAAAGGUUUGCUUUUGA